CUCAGCCUUUGGGUGGGGCGUUCAAGGUGUGUCUGGAUUAUUGACACACCGCCAGCAGCGAGGGAGACCGCGAGCGCAAAAGGUGCCAUGGAGGUUUAGGAGAAGCAGCAGGAUUUCUUUUCUCUUAUUUAUUUUGGCUCCCCAAUCACCACGGGAACGCUUUCAACUUAUUUUUCGUUUUGUGUUGGUUGGAGGACUACAUUCAGCUUGGGGCAAGGUGCAUAACCGUGUUUAAAAAUGGCGAACGCUGUCAUUUUCAACGUCUGCCUAGCGCUGAUCCUGGCUGGAGUCGAGUCGUGCUUUGUCCCGAGCUUGAUCUACGUCCCUGUGCCGCAAUAUAUCCCAGCCGGAUACGAGAUAACAAGAGUCAAUGUGGCGAGCUGUGAGAGCGUCACUUCCAACGACAGUGCUUUCAGAGUUUGGUCCAAUGGCUCGGUGACGGCUAAAAGGAACGUUGAGGUCUUGGCCAAAGGCAGAACUUUCUUCGUGCUGGUUGAGCGCAGAGACGGGCAGCAGAUGCAGAUGAACGUCGAACUCAUCGCCAACCCCCUCAUGAGCAGAAAGCCUAAUGAAGUUCUGCAACGGUUCAAAAGACGCUGGAGCCCUCCACCCUUCAAUAUCCUGGAGAAUGACCCCGGCCCCUAUCCAAGAGACAUUGAAAGGCUUGUGUCAGACACUGAAGCAGUGCAUCGGGUUUACUACACUCUCACGGGGCCCGGUUACGACAAGCAUCCAGUGGGAGUGUUUAGAUUUGACAGCGACAGUGGAAUGUUGACUGUGCUUAAACCAGUUGAUCGUGAGGAGUACCCGCAGUUUGCUUUGAUAGCCAGGGUCUUUGACAGAACAACACGUAAGGAAACCGAUGAUCCUUUAGGUGUCUUUGUGAAUGUAGACGAUCAGAAUGACAAUGCGCCACAGUUUCAAGGGCAGUUGCAAUUUUCUGUGCUCGAGAAGAGCAAAGUAGGGACAAUAAUUGGAAAGGUGAACGCCACUGACAGAGACCAACCGGGCACCGAUCAUGUCAAGAUCCGAUAUUCCCUGUUAUCCGAAUUGGGGCAAUUUGCAAUUCACCCAACAACUGGUGUCAUCACCACAGCUACCAACACAUUAGAUAGAGAGGUCAAAGACAAGUAUAGCGUGAUUAUGCAAAUCAAAGAUAUGGACGGCGCAGCCAAUGGUUUGUUCACCACUGGCACAGCAACCAUCACCUUGAAUGACAUCAACGACAACCCGCCGACCUUCACACAGGAAUUGUAUCAAGCCACUGCCAAUGAGAAUGAAAUCAACAAACUAAUUCUCCGAAUUCCUGUUGAAGACAAGGAUUUGAAAGACACACCCAACUGGAGCUCUAAAUUCAUUGUCACUAAGGGAAACGAAAAUGGAAACUUCCGAAUGGAGACUGACCCCAAAACAAAUGAGGGGCUUCUAUACGUCUCAAAGCCAUUAAAUUUUGAGAAAACCCCCAAAAUGAGGCUGGAAAUUAUGGCGCGCAACGAACCUGAACUGACCGGUACCACGGCAAAGUGGCAGAUUGUCCCUGUGGACUUGGCCGUUCGCGAUAUUGAUGAAGGCCCUGAAUUCACGGCACCAACCAUUCGGCUCAAAGUGAAAGAGAACACGCCAAACGGCACUUCCAUUGGAAUUUACAAAGCUAUAGACCCAGAAACCAAGAGCAGUGACGGCAUUAAGUAUUACAAGGUCAUGGACCCUGCUGGUUGGAUCAAUGUGGAUCGGAACACAGGAGAGCUGAGAGUGGCAAACACCAUUGACAGAGAGUCACAUUUUGUCAAGGAUGACAUUUACAACAUCUCCAUGAGAGCUGUUGACGCAACUUCCAAGACUGGUACGGGAACUGUCAUAAUUCAGGUGGAAGAUGUGAAUGACAACGUACCGAUUAUCCCGCCUGCUGAGAGAGUGGUGUGUGAGAAGGAAGGUGAACUUGGCUCUACACUGCUUGUGGCUGAAGAUGCUGAUGAGGCACCAUUCAAAGGCCCCUUCACAUUCAGUCUGCCAAAUAGCGAAGAUGGCAAAUGGUCUUUGACCAGAUUCAAUGACACUGCUGCUACAUUGAACCAGCUGAAAGACCUUCCGUUGAAGGUGCACCAUGUUCCUGUUGAGGUCAAGGAUCUGCAAGGCAAUGGAAAAAUCCAGACAGUAAAUGUCAGGCUCUGCCAGUGCAGGAACGGGGCCUGCCUGACCAAGCCCUGGUCAGCCUCGCUCGGACCGCUGGGUUGGCUGGCAUUCCUAUUGCCUCUGCUCCUCCUCCUGCUGCUAUUAUUGUUGCUCGUCUGCUUCUGUACCACAAAGCCAGAGCUGCAGAUCUUAGAGGAUACAACAGACAGCGGUGGAAUCCUGAUAAAGUCGAACACAGAAGCCCCAGGGGAAGAAGUGGAUGCCAGUCUUAUUAAGGUUCCCAUCAGCGACAUAAAGGGCUCAGAAGUGAAUCAGGAUUGGCAAAUUAAGGGCUCCACCAUUGGACGGCAAGACACUUCUAUUUACAAGACCGGCUUUGGUGCAACGGAAACUGAGUUCUUCACCGGCCAGUAUGACAGCCAGUAUGGAACGCAACGCUUCAAUGGAGGGAUGAACUACGACGCAAACUUUCUCAAUACCUGGCAAACAAACGGACGCUAUUUGCACCAGAAACUAACCUAUUUCGGAGGCGAGGAGGAUGGACGAUAUGCGGAUGACAUUAUCCACCAAUACGGCUUCGAAGGGGUGGGCUCGGCAGCUGGCUCGGUCGGAUGCUGCAGUGACGAUGGCGGGAACAAUGACAACCUCGACUUCUUAAAUACACUUGGACCCAAGUUCAAAAAUCUUGCGGCCGUCUCCAAACAGACAUGAACAGCUAAGCUGGAAGAUAAUGGCCUUUUGCCUUUUUGGUGCACAGGAUGCAGCACCUUACAACGUGCCACCUGAAAAGAAAGGGGAGAAAGAAGCAGAGUCACGGUUUUGUGUCAAUUUUGAUUUGUUUUUUUUCUGUUUUUUAAUCUCUGCUGCCUGUACCUUAGUCCUAAGCACUGAAACCUUGCUGUACAUAUGUGUUUAAGUUGCGCUUAUUUUCCCUUUUGCAUUUUUGGUUUUGCUGGUUGCUGGUAGCUGAAACUAUGAUGUGUCGUAAGUGACUGGCUUUGGGUAUUUGUAAUAUUCGGGAACAACUUUAGGUAUUUUGAGUUCUACAUACUAAAUCCAUGUGUAAGUAAUGACACACUGUUCAAAGUUAGGUUUAAUAUUUGUUUAAAUGUUUCCAGAGUCUUUUUUAAAGAGUUUUGAUAUUUUUUUCUAUGACCAAAUAAUAUGAACUAAGAUAUACAGUGACCUAAGAAACAUUAAACUGGAAAUGUUGAAGUAGGGAUGGGCAUUAUAUAAUCAAUAAUAAUUUGAUUGUCUAUUAGUUGCUGUCUAAACAACUGCAACAUGAUGUCAACUAUUAUAAGUUCAAAUAAGAUACCCUUAUUCAAUUCAGUGAUUCUCAUUGGAAUCAAAUACUGACACAAGAAAAAUUAAUGAAUGACUGGCGUCAGAUGUCAAACCCUACUUUAAAUGAUUCCUUUUUAGACUACUAUACUUGCUCUAAACCAUACAAGAUUUGUGCACGUGCAUUCCAGUUGCAGUUGGGAUUGUCGAAUGUUGAAUGGGUGUGGCAGCAGCAGCCGUCGGCAGCAAUUAUUGAACAUUCUGCUAAAGAAGUGAAAGUUGGCACAAGGGCGUUUACUCAGCGACCGACGUACGACUGACAAGGACGUAGCAGAAAAGCUAGCUGGUGGGAAAUCUACCUAUGAACUUUCUAAACAUCUCACUUGAAAGUACACACUUAAUUUAUUGAACAUUGGACCUAACAGGCUGAAUGUCUUCACUGUAACACUUGUAUUGUGUGUGGCUUUAGAAUAAUAAAAGUAUCAAGUGAA